GGAGACCGCGAUAGCGGUCCACGCAGAUUUGCCUAUAAUAUAGACGCCGCCCGAGAGCGGGAGAUGCACUUAUACCUUCCAUACUGGGGGUUUUCAGAUUCCGAAAAGUUUGCACAGCAAUCCGUCGGCCACAGUCCAAACGUCUCCCGCGACAACGUUUUGACAGUUUUCGCUCAGCUCUCAAGUCUGCGACUCGAUGCAAGUCGAGCUAUCAUAUCGCUCUUUGACCGAACCACACAACAUGUCGUCGCAGAGGCAACGCCUCAUCUCGGUCUGCGAAGCCCUAAGAGCGGCCAGCGAUCAGAGUCUCUUUGGCGUGGGGUGCAGCGUCUACCGCGAGAACACAUCCCUAUGUGCGACAAGGCAAUGAAAAUGUUCACAAGAGAGAAGGCAGACAUGUUUUUGGUGCCAGAUUUGACGGCCGAUCCUCGGUAUAAAUCACACGAAUCUGUAGUCGGGCCUCCGUACCACAGGUUCUACGUCUCGGUUCCCCUCGAGUCUCCAGAUUCAUAUGUCAUCGGAAGUGUUGCGGUCUUAGAUGACAAGCCUCGUGAAUGCUUGACAGACGAGCAGCGUCAUUUUCUGAAGGAGCUCAGUCUCACUGUCAUGGACCAUUUGCUCUCCCAACGAGCCAUGCGCGAGGAGUACCGCGAAGAGAAAAUGGUUCGUGCUCUAGGGCUAUUUGUCCAAGGCAAAUCAGAUCUGUCUGAAGGGAUUGAUAGUCGACGCGGAGCAGAAAAUAAAAUGGACCAAGUGAAUCAAAAUUUGGAGCAGCUCAAGUUAUCGAGCGGAAGAGGGAGCCAAGAGACAGGCAAUGGAAGAGGCAGAUCGUCUGAAAUAUCAGAGGAUGUCCCAGUCGACAACGAAGUCGAAAACGCCGAGCAAACUCGGAGCCGUUCACCCGUCCACAAGUUUAAGCGCGACGAGAGUGUACCAGAUCAGCCACAAGAUGCAAAGAAUGAAAAUGACCUGCGGCCUUCACUAUCUCCAACUACAAGUCAUCUGCAAAAGUCGCUGGCCCCAUCCAAUGUUCAGUCAGUUCUCAACCGCGCAUCAUGCCUCAUGGAUCAGGCAUUGGAUGUAGAAGGAGCGAUGUUCAUCGAUGCGACUGUGUAUGCUCGACGCCAGAUGAUUGGAUCAGAGGGCGAUAGCCAGGAGGAGCCGUCCGAGUCCGCUCCCGACCAUGAAGGGCUGGAGUAUGACAAUGACGAUGUCAAUGGGCCUAAAAGUUUGGUCCUCGGAUAUUCAACUUCUUUGGCGUCGAGUAGAGACGAUAAUGAACAAGCGAGUCAUUAUGUGUCACUUCCCGGAUCUUUUGUCACGCAUCUUAUUGACCGAUACCCGCGAGGCAAAAUCUUCCACAUUGAAAAGGACGGCUCGGUUGCCUUGAGCUAUGAGGGUCUGGCAGAUGAAGUAAGUCAGAUGUAUGUGGGCGGGUCAAAGACGGUCAAGGAAGGGUCACCAAAGGAAAAGUAUCUCCGACAAGAAACCUUGGAGAUCAAGCAACUUCACAAGAUCUUGCCGGAUGCACGCUGCAUCGCAAUUUAUCCAGUAUGGGACUUCCAACGCAGUCGUUGGUUCACGGUGAAUCUCGUGUGGUCCAAUGAUCCAGGCCGCGUAUUGUCCGAACCAAAAGACUUGACGUACAUGGCUGCAUUCAGCAACAGUGUCAUGGCUGAAGUCUCGCGAAUGGAUCUAGAGGCUGCCGACAGAGCCAAGAGCGAUUUUAUCUCCUCAAUCUCUCACGAACUUCGCUCUCCUCUUCACGGUGUUCUGGGCACCGUGGAGCUGCUUCAAGAGACCGCUACCACCUUCACUCAGCGAGGCUUGGUCGAAACUGUGUAUAGCUGCGGUAAAACAUUGCUAGACACCCUCAAUCAUUUGCUAGACUAUGCAAAAAUCAAUACGCUGACGGCUGGAAGAUCCCCUGGCCAGGAGGACCAACAAGUUGCAGGCUCCGAACCCAACAUGGCAGUUCCUGGCCUUGUCCAAGACGAGGAUCUGAGCGCAUUGGUACAGGAGGUCGUGGAGGGAUUGCUUGCAGGCGCUGAAUUCUAUAAUCGGGAAACUGAUUCUGCGCCAGAGAGAACAAGCAGGGACACUCGCAGGGCCUCUACUUCUGCUCCAAUGGGAAGCGAGGAGCGCCGCAUCAUGACCAUUGUGGAUGUUGAAUGGCAGGAUAGCUGGCGGUACCCAGUAUAUGCGGGCGCCUGGCGUCGUGUGGUCAUGAACCUGUUCGGGAAUGCCUUGAAAUACACCCAAUCAGGGUACAUAAGGCUUUUUAUGAAGAAGGACAAGAUGAAAACGAGCGACAAUAAGUCCGUGCCUGCUGUUUGUAUCACGAUCAGCGAUUCCGGUCGUGGUAUGUCCCAGGAUUUUCUCCUCCAUCACCUGUAUAUCCCCUUCCUCCAGGAGGAUACACAGGCUCCAGGACUGGGAGUUGGCCUUCACCUGGUUCAUCAAAUUGUGAAAUCUCUCAAUGGCAGGAUCCAUUUCAGGAGCGAAGUUGGCAAAGGAACAGAUGUGGACAUGAUCCUGCCCAUUCCGGAAUCCAAGCCCGCCCCGCCUCUUCCCUCUCCGUACGUUGAUUUACAUGAACGGCUGAAAGGAAUGACGGUGUCUUUCUUUACUCAAAGCUUCACCCGGGACAAUCUUGGAAUUUGUUCGGAGGUAUUUGACGAAAUUCGGUCGACUCUCAGCCGAAUGGUCAGUGAAUGGUUCGGGCUGCGGGUUCUGAGCCAAGAUGAACUACAGGAGCAGCAAGCAGACUUUUUGAUUGUGACAGAACAUGAGUAUCGAUCACUGGCUCACCGAUCAACGGAUUCUGACGUACGAAGCUUGGUCAAAUCCAAGACAUCGUUCCCUCUGAUUGUUCUAAGCGCUCAAGCAAGCAGCUGGAAGGUGGUAAAGGAGAGCAACCAAGAUAGGGCCAUUUUCUUAUCCCAGCCAGUGAGCCCCAAAACACUGGCAACGGUGCUUGAGCAUUGCCUUGACCAGCAAGACGCGCAAGAGAACUCGACAUCCCGGGCGGAUGACCUCUCUUCCAGGUCUUCUCUUGAAGAUAAUCCUCAAACGGUGGCUGGGGAGAGUAAAGCGGUUGAGGAUGAACCGCCCGAAGCCCAAGAUUUCCAAGAAAGCGGAAUGUCAACAAACAAGGUACUAUUGGUUGAAGAUAAUAAUGUUAAUCUAAAGAUCAUCGAAACGUGCGUUAGAAAUGCCGGCCUCACUUAUAAAUCAGCCACAAAUGGCCUGCAAGCCCUUGAGAGAUUCAAAGCCGAGCGUUUCGACGCUGUCGUAAUGGAUAUUUCAAUGCCAGUCAUGGACGGCCUAACAGCUACUCGAGAAAUGCGGCAUUUCGAAAAGAGCGCCGGCCUACCUCGCACCGCCAUUAUCAUCCUGACAGCUGUCUUAUCUGCAGACAUGCAACAGGAGGCCCAAGUGAGCGGGGUCGACAAGUUCUUAACGAAGCCCACGCCGCUCAAGAAGCUGAGGGAUUUGCUACUAAACUUGCCACAACUAUAG